AGAACAACGGAAAGGAGUGCAGCAGCAGGUGUCCAUUUAGUCCCAGAAGAUAAUGUCAAGCAAGUAGCAGAGAGAGGGGCAUCAAAUCCUCUCAGAACAACGGAUAGGAGUGCAGCAGAAGGUUUUCAGUCAGUCCAGAAGAUAUGAUCAAGCAAGUAGCAGAGAGAGGGGCAUCAAAUCUUCUCAGAACAACGGAUAGGAGUGCAGCAGAAGGUGUUCAGUCAGUCCCAGAAGAUAAUGUCAAGCAAGAAGUUCAGAGUAGGACCUUGAGUACACUGCAUUCUACAGAUAUGUGCAUAGAAACAACCCUAGGACAUACUAACAAGCAAGAAAUGGAAAUCAUAGAAGUUCUCAUCAAGGAAGAAGCAGAGGCCUUUUCAACAGUUGGAGAGGAAAUCGAUCAGUUACCCCUCAAAACCAAUAUCAAGCAAGAACCUACAGAAGAAAGUGAAGAGGAAGGUGUUCCAUCAAGUCUAGAAGGUGAAAUUGUUGACAACGUACAAGACACGGUAGAAAGUGGAAUGUCAUUCAACAGUGGAGGUAAAUCUCAUCUUUGUUCACAUUGCGGCAAGGUGUUUUCCACAACAGAUCAACCCGACAUUUAUCUGAGGAUACAUUCUGGAGAAAAGCUACAUCAGUGUCCAUGUUGCAGUAAGAGAUCAUGUCAGGCCAGUCACCCCCUUCUCCACUUGAGAUCACAUGCAGCAGAAAAGCCAUAUGAAUGUUCACACUGUAAGAAAAGGUUUUCUCUGAAAAGCAAUCUCACCCAACACCUAAAAACACACGCAGAAGAAAAGCCAUAUGAAUGUUCACACUGUAAGAAAGGAUUUUCUCAGAAAAGUAUACUUGAUCGUCAUAUACUAAUACAUACAGGAGAAAAGCUGCAUGAAUGUUUGCACUGUAAGAAAGGGUUUUCUCUGAAAAGCAAUCUCACCCAACACUUAAAAACACACACAGAAGAAAAGCCAUAUGAGUGUUCACACUGUAAAAAAGGAUUUUCUAGGAAGAGCUAUCUUAACCAACACCUCCUCUUACACACAGGAGAAAAGCCAUAUGAAUGUUGCUAUUGUAAGAAAGGUUUCUCUCAGAAAAGCCUCCUCAAUCGUCAUCUUCUAACACAUACAGGAGAAAAGCCAUUUGAAUGCUCCCAAUGUGAGAAAAGAUUUUUUGGGAAAAAUACUCUUAAGCGUCAUCUCCGAACACAUACAAGAGAAAAGCCAUAUGAAUGUUGCUAUUGUACGAAAGAGUUUCCUCAGAAAAGUGCACUCAAUAUACAUUUACUAACACAUACAGGAGAAAAGCCAUAUGAAUGUUGCUACUGUAAGAAAGGGUUUUCUAAGAAAAGUGCUCUCACCCAUCAUCUCCGAACACACACAGGAGAAAAGCCAUAUGAAUGUUCACACUGUAAUAAAAGGUUUUCUAGGAAAGAUGCACUUAAUUGUCAUAUACGACGGCAUACAGGAGAAACGCCAUAUGAAUGUUGCUAUUGUAAGAAAGGAUUUCCUCAGAAAAGUGCCCUCAAUUCUCAUAUACUAACACAUACAGGAGAAAAGCCAUAUGAAUGUUCACAUUGUAAGAAAAGAUUUUCUCGGAAAAGCAAUCUUAAAAAACACCUCCUCUUACACACAGGAGAAAUGCCAUAUGAAUGUUCCUAUUGUAAGAAAGGAUUUCCUCAUAAAAGUGCCCUCAAUUGUCAUAUACUAACACAUACAGGAGAAAAGCCAUUUGAAUGUUCACACUGCAAGAAAGGAUUUUCUCGGAAAAUCAAUCUCACUCAACACCUACUCUUACACACAGGAGAAAAGCCAUAUGAAUGUUCAUAUUGUAAGAAAGUAUUUUCUAGGAAAUACCACCUUAAACAACACCUCCUCUUACACGAAGGGGAAAAGACAUAUGAAUGUUGCUAUUGUAAGAAAGGGUUUUAUCAGAAAAAUACACUUAAAUGUCAUAUACUAACGCAUACAGGAGAAAAGCCAUAUGAAUGUUGCUAUUGUAAGAAAGGAUUUCCUCAGAAAAGUGCCCUCAAUCGUCAUAUAUUAACACACACAGGAGAGAAGAAAUAUGAAUGUUCACAUUGUAAGAAAAGAUUUUGUCUGAAGAGUAAUCUUAACCAACACCUCCUUUUACACACAGGAGAAAAGCCACAUGAAUGUUCCUAUUGUGAGAAAGGGUUUUCUCGGAAGAGUGCUCUUAACCUUCAUCUUCAAACACAUACACGAGAAAAGCCCUAUGAAUGUUGCUAUUGUACGGAAAGGUUUUCUCAGAGAAGUGAGCACAAAUUUCAUCUCCGAACACACACAGGAGAGAAGACAUAUGAAUGUUCAUACUGCAAGAAAGGAUUUUGUCAGAAGGGUACUUUUAACCAACACCUCCUCUUACACAAAGAAGAAAAGCCAUAUGAAUGUUGCUAUUGUAAGAAAGGGUUUUCUCGGAAGAGGGGUCUUAACGAACACCUCCUCUUACACAAUGGAGUAAAACCAUAUGUAUGUUGCUAUUGUACGAAAGGGUUUUCUUAUAUGAGUAGUUUUAACCGUCAUCUCCGAACACAUACACAAGAAAAGCCAUAGGAAUGUUACUAUUGUAAGAAAGGCUUUUCUCUGAAAAGUGAACUCAAUCGUCAUCUCCGCGCACAUAGAAAAGCCAUAUGAAUGUUGCUAUUGUAAGAAAGGAUUUUCUCAGAAAAGUGUCAUAUAUUUAUACAACACCUAAGAUUCUUGAAACCUCAUUGGUCAAUUCUUAAUCACAUUACAUGCGGUAAAAGUAAUGUUGAACGGCAUCAUUCUCCAGGCGUGCAAUUCUGUAUGAUCGAUUUGCACCAUUGCACUGAUGUACAUGUACAAAGUAUAUUGUGAGGUGUAAGUGACUUCACUGUGCAAUGGAACAAAUUAAUCGAACAAAAUUACCCUCUGACGUCACAAUAAACAAAGCAUGGUACAACCAUGGUUUGCUGCCUGCUUAAUAAUAGUGCACACUUACAAUCAGCAAUUUCAUCAAUUAAAAAAACAAAAAAACUCUGAGAUUUAGGCCUAGGAAAACUGUUCUUUAAAAAAAAAAUUGUUUUAAGCCUCUUAACAUCCAAGGUGUUGUUAACAACAACAGCCUAACAGCAGGCAUUCAAAAACUCGUCUAUUCCAUUAAUACGGCGUACUCGAACCGGUUUGAAGAAGAAAAAAAAUUCUCCUUGAAACUAAAUUAUUUGUCUUAUUAUUCUGUAACUCAAGCUAUAAAUUGACGAUAUCAAAUGCGUAUUGGAAAAUGUAGUACAUCCUCUAAUGCCGUCACAUAUCAAAAUAUUAGUAUUAUAUUAUAAGCAUUAUCAGUGUCUGUUAUAUGAUGUGAAAUUGAAGCCCUAAAAAAAUUCAAACUGAUCGUGAAGUGCCUCAAAAAAAUACGGUGAACAUCUUUGAGUGACUGGUUUUACCAUACUCAUUUUCCCCAAUAAACUGUAGUGUUAUAACAAACCUUAGGAGAACGAUAUUUGAAAUUUUGAUUUCCAAUCAUCAAUGUCUUGAGAAUCAGACAGGCGAUCGGCUUGUAUAAGUCAUGGGGUCUGCGUCCAUUUUCAAGAAAAAGGGUACUUUUUCAAAAUCCUGCUGUGCACGUUUAGGGCUAUUUUUAAAGACCCCGACUGCGACUUGCCGGUUGCCUACCAGUAAAUUUGUACAUGUGUUCCUCAGGUAUUACCAGGGUAUAUACAUUUAUAUUUUGUUUUGAAUAGUAGAAUAGUAGCUGUUCAUUGUAUAUUGUGUUCUUUUUGUAAACACUACAUGUACUGGUACGUAUUCAUAUAAUAUAGAUCCAAUUUGAAAUGUAAUUCUUUUUUUCAAAGAAAGGACUUAUGAUGUGCUGUGCAUUAAACCCAUUUGGAAGUGUACAGGUUGAUGUUAUUGCUUCUCUAUUGAAAUACAUUUUUAUAUUGUGAAUUUUACAUAAAAAGCGCAAUUUGGUUUAUUUUACAUUGUCAACAACUUAAAUGGUAAUCCCUAUCACACUUCAAAAUGCUUACUCGAGGGGUUACAAUUUUGCAAUACUUGUUUAGGAGUAAACUUUUGUGAAAAACCUGUUAAGGGUGUGAAUUUUGGGGAAAACCAUGUGAAAUCCUCAUUUAGGGUAUAUUUUGGCUCGAGAAGAAAUCCUCGUUUAAGGAGUGUCCGUAAAACCUGUGGUCACGCAUGCUUACGGUAUUUCUACAUGACUGAGACCCCUGGGAUAACAUAAAACCCUUUGUAUAUAGGGCCCACAGGGAACCCAAGUUGUACUUGGAUACCAUGUGCACCCUAUUCUAUGAGAUUGUUCUUUGUCUUAAGUAAUAUUUAUUUCUUCAUGUUUUUUUUUCAACAGGGUAAUUUUAUUCAGUUCCCCAGGAAGAUUGCUAGUGGACCUGCUUUUCAAGGAAGCCCUGCAUAAUACAAUAACAGUACAUAAACAUACAGUAUAGACCGUAAUGAAAUAAUAACAAAUUGUACAUACAUGUGAAGUAUUGAAUUAAACACAUAUCUUUUUUAAA